AUGGAUAUGACCAGCGCAAAUUCGCUUAAUAUGCGUCCAUUCUUCUCUGGAUAUCCAUUUCAAGGUCAGGGUCGUGUCAAUCAACUCGGUGGCGUUUUCAUCAACGGUCGCCCAUUACCGAAUCAUAUACGUUUGAAAAUUGUCGAAAUGGCCGCUAACGGUAUAAGACCUUGUGUGAUCUCACGUCAAUUGCGCGUUUCGCACGGCUGUGUUUCGAAAAUUUUAAAUCGUUAUCAAGAAACUGGUUCCAUACGACCGGGUGUUAUUGGCGGCUCCAAGCCGAAGGUGACAUCACCCGAAAUCGAAGCGCGCAUAGAGGAGUUGCGUAAGGCCAAUCCGGGUAUAUUCAGUUGGGAGAUACGAGAGAAGCUGAUAAAGGAGGGCUUCACCGAUCCACCAUCAACAUCGUCCAUCAGCCGCCUAUUGCGAGGUAAUGAUCGUACCAGUGAAGAUGGACGCAAGGAUUAUAGUAUACACGGCAUAUUAGGUGGCCAAAACUCCGACAUCAGCGACACCGAAUCGGAGCCCGGCAUACCGCUGAAGCGUAAGCAACGUCGCUCACGCACCACCUUCACUGCCGAACAAUUGGAGGCGCUGGAACGCGCUUUCACACGCACUCAGUAUCCAGAUGUAUAUACACGUGAGGAACUCGCACAGACCACCGGACUUACAGAGGCGCGCAUACAGGUGUGGUUCAGCAAUCGACGCGCACGUUUGCGUAAACAUUCCGGCGGCCCGAGUGCGGGCUUAUCGCCUAUGAAUGGCGGUGGUAGUAGCGCGCCUGGUGUACCUGGCGGUAUGGGCGCCGGUGUGGGUGCAACAGCACCACUCGGUUUUAGUUCACUUGCCGCUGUCGGGUCAAUGGCUGGCUAUAGCCCAGCGGCAGCGAGUACCGCGAGCGCUGGCAUGAAUGAUAAUCACGCAGCGCACGCCGCAGCGGCUGCAGCAGCGGCAGCCGCACAUCAUCCGCACCAUCCGCAUACGCAAAUGGGCGGUUAUGAUUUGGUGGCGCAGUCGGCACAACACGGUUUCGCAAGCAGUUUUCAGCACGGCCACUUUGGCGGGCAGAAUUACUAUCAUCAGGAUUACUCUAAGCUAACCAUCGAUGACUUUUCCAAGCUCACCGUUGAGAGUGUAUCGAAAAUGUCGCCCUCCCUCUCGCAUCUCACCGGCGAAAACUAUUCAAAAUUAGACUCCACCGCGAAUUGGUCACAGGCUGCCUAUCAUCUCAAUCAGUCGGCAGCAGCAGCUGCUAACUAUAAUGCGGCGGCCGCUCAUCAUGCGCACGCUGCUGCUGCUCAGCACUCGCUCAACGACUAUGCGGCGGCUGGCGCUGCUGCUGCGGCACAUAACAAUCAAUUGAAUAGUGCAGCAGCGGUCGCGGCAGCUGCUUACAAUCACCCACUGCCCGCGCAGGGGCAAGCGAAGUAUUGGUAG